AUGGAUGUGCCGACAGUGUCCUGGGGACGGCGGAGCCGCCGGCUGGAAAUGCUGCUGGGCCUCGUGGUGCUCCUGAUCGCCCCGUACGGCGGCGCCGGCGCGCGGGUGCUGCAGGCGGAGGGGGCUGCAGCGGGCGGCGACACGGGUGGCCCGCCGCCGCCUCGCCCCUCCACCGCAAACUGCAGCGAGCUCUUCUACGAGGAGCAACAGACCAACAACGUGAGCGGCAAGCCCACCUGGCGCCAGCGCUACUUCCUGUGCGACCAGUACUGGGACCGAGAGGACCCCUAUGCCCCAAUCUUCUUUUAUGCCGGCAACGAGGGCAACGUGGCCAACGGCGUCAACAACACUGGGCUGAUGUGGGAGCGCGCCCAGGCAUUUGGGGCGCUGCUCGUCUUUGCAGAGCACCGCUACUACGGCAACAGCUGGCCGUUUGGCAAGGAGGAGAGCCUCACCCUGGAGGGGCUGCAGUUCUUGUCCAUGGAGCAGGCCAUCGAGGACUAUGUGACUUUCUUAAAUUGGCUCAAGAUCUCGCUGAAUGCCACCUCGGCGCCUGUCGUUGCCUUUGGCGGCAGCUACGGCGGCGUGCUGGUGGCCAUCAUGCGGGCGACCCGUCCUAGCAGCGUGCAAGCGGCGGUGUCGUCGUCGGCGCCCAUGCGCGGCUGGCUGCUGCAGGAUGGCGGAUAUGAUCCCGGCAGCUAUUGGGAGGUGGUGACGCGCGACGCCAGCCCCGCCGCCGGCGCCGACCCCGCCUGCGUGCCCAACUCGCAGCGCCUCUUCCCGCUGAUCAUCAGCCUGAUCGAGAGCGGGAAGGAGGCCAGCUGGCGCCAGGUGGAGCAAGGCCUGCGCAUCUGCCCCGGCGCCAUCAACAGCAGCGGCGAUGCCACCAUGUGUGAGGGCCAUGAUGGCUAA